CGAAAGGAAAACAUCGUCACACCUUCUCGUUGGAAUAGGAUUAUUGCGCAAUUUAAUCACUUGAUAGCUUACAUUAUCCUCCUUUGAUUGACUUAAAACAAUAAUCUGUAUUUGCCUUAUGUGAGGAAGUUAUGGCAGGCACAUCUACUGGAGGUGGUCGCAGUCACAACUUUAAGGUGGUUCUACUGGGAGAGGGAUGUGUUGGGAAGACGUCGUUGGUUCUGCGAUAUGUUGAAAAUAAAUUCAAUGACAAACACAUAACCACGCUACAGGCUUCAUUUUUGAAUAAGCGGAUAAAUAUUGGUGGAAAAAGAGUCAACAUAGCCAUAUGGGACACCGCAGGUCAGGAGAGGUUCCAUGCAUUAGGUCCUAUUUACUACAGAGAUAGCAAUGGGGCUAUUUUAGUUUACGAUAUCACAGAUGAGGACUCCUUCCAAAAGGUUAAAAAUUGGGUCAAAGAAUUAAAGAAAAUGCUUGGAAACGACAUUUGUUUGUGUAUAGCUGGGAACAAAAUAGACCUAGAAAAGGAACGUCAUGUGUCAGUGGAGGAAGCUGAAGCAUAUGCAGCCUCUGUUGGAGCCAAACAUAUUCACACUUCAGCUAAGCUAAACAAAGGAAUAGAUGAGGUGUUUUUGGACCUCAGCAAAAGAAUGCUCGAGAGAUCAGCAGAUGACAUUUUAUCUGGAGGAAACAAGAGCAAGUCAAACAGGAAAAGUGUUGUUGUUGUCGACGACGAUCAGCCAGCACAGCAGAGCAGUGGAGGCUGCUGUUAAUAUGAACAGUGAUAAGGAGUUAUAAACUGUAUUACAGAGAUGUAAAUGUAUGUCCUGGGUGAAGGGUAUCACACCCUGUUCACAGUGUGCUCUGAUUCAUCACCUGAGUGGCAGGGCUAUGUAUGGCAGUGCUGCCUAUACCAGAGCACCAGUGGGUCCCAGGUUGGACUGUGGCCCAGAUCUGGUUACAUCUCCAAGUGAGAGUUUACUGAACCCAGUGAUAAAAUACUCUGUCGUGCCCCUGCCUACACCAGUACCAUGAUUCAUAGUAAUAAUGCUUCUUUUCUUUUCCGUCGUUACCUGUAUUUGUUUUGUUUUUCUUGAACACAGCAGUCUCUCCAAAACUUAGCAUCACCAAAACACAAUCAGCUAAAUUUUUGGCAGUGGUGAAUUAUAGCUAAGUAAGUGACCCAGAAUAUUUGACAGGAAGAUGAACAUGAUGUCCAAUUUAUUAACUGGUUUUUGUUAGAAUUAUAAGCCUAUUAGAGUUGUAACCUGUUUAAUAUUAGUUCAGAGAUGCUCAUCCCUGCUGCCUGGCAAGCUUUGCCUGGCAAGUUUGUAACACAGAGAGUUGUCAUCCCAGGGAGUGAUGGUAGGGGAUUUAUUAUUACUGCACAGAACCACAUGCUUGUCUGUAUAGGUCACCACACUGCCAUUUGAGCUGGAUAUAAGUUACAUGACUGAUAUGGUAUUAGGAAGCCUGAAGUAAAGCCCUGUUUAUCUGGAGAGUAUAUAGGUGUCUGAUUACAAGACAUUGAAGCACACAUGUAUGUGGAUACAUAGUGUUGAAAUAUUUUCUUGGUAUCUGCUCUUACGAAAAGUGUUCUCAGAUAUCAGUGUUCUUGAUGCAGAACUUCAUGAGCUUGACAUUGAGUGUGUAGCAGGGCAUUGCUUUGCACAUCUCUUGUGCUGACCAUAAUAUAGCCAUGAAGCUGUAAAGAAUGCCAGAAACCAUGCACACUGUUACAACAUGUUACAACCAUGUGUCCUGGCAGGUAGAUUGAAGUUAAACCAGCAGCUGGGGGAAGAUGUCGAUUUCUGUGGGCACACAAAACAAAUCCUUUUAGUUGAUGAGAAAAAUUUAAAUCCAAAUCUUUAAUAACAGGUUUUCGCUGAUCUUUUGGUAGAUCCAGUCAAAAAAUGUUACCUGCCUUGUUUCUUGAAAUAACAUGUAACAGUGUUGUUGCUGUCAUAAACCAAUGUUUGAAUACAAGGUCCUCUGGUUAGACAUGUUAGGUUGUAGUCACCGCCAGUGAUAGAUAUGUACAUAACAUCUUAAUUAAAUGUACCACAAUGCGGUUUCGACUUGCCAAGGGAACUGGAAAUGCACCUUGUGUCAGACCAAAAAUCCCAAACCCUUGACCAUUGAGGUCGCUUGUUUGAAUCCUUUGCAGGUUUGUCAGUUAUGUGGCAAGAGUGGUGGUUCGGCCAGCGAACAUUUUUUUUAGUACAGUGUUAAACACAAAUGAAAUAUUUAAAGAAAUAUUUAUACAGUAGUGAGCAUACACAUAACGGAUACUACAUUUUGGGGUUCUAAAGCAUUUAUGUACAGGAGGAAGCUGCAUGGUGGAAGUGCAAAAAUUUCAAUUCUUAAUAUCCUUCAUGGAAAUGGUGGCUUGCUAUUUUUGUAUUCAUCUCACUCAUGCAAUUUCCUGAAAUAAAUGUGAUUUUAAAAAGCUCAAUGUGUACAGUGCUAAUGCACUUGUCCUCUGGUUGUAGUAGAAAGCUCAGAAAUGCCAUACCCUUGAUAACAGGUUGGAUUUGAGCAAGGAAAUGCAAUGUGAGGCAGUAUAUAUGUUUUAGCUGACAUAAUGAAGAACGUUAGGGACUGGUUAUUCUGCACUCUACACAUCUGGUCACUUUUAACAAAUUUUUUCUCUGCACAAGUUCUCAUAUGUUAGAGCACCAAGCUAUCUUAUUUAAUGGCAUUGUUCCUCACAAUUUGGAGCAGUGUAGAAAGUUUAUUUCAGUUUAAAUUAGAAUUUUAGAAUUAUACAGCUGUAUAUUCAAAUGGUACGGGCAUCUAUUGGUAACAUCUACUCCGCAGGAAAUGACUGUAAAUUACCUAAAAUUUUGUCCUUCAGAAACUACACACAUUUUAAUGGUCUGAACAAGGGUAUUGAGGUUUACUUGGAAGGUAUAAUGAUGCUUUACAGGAAAAAUAUUGAUUUCAGCACCAAAAUAAUAAUGUAAAGGUUUUGCUAUAACCAGUAAACACUGGAUGAGUUGUACCAAUCCAUACAUGGUGUUAUCGACAUAAGCUUUAAAGGGCAACUGCUCCCAUCAUCAGAUAUAAUACACACCUAUCAUUAUAUCUGAUGAUGGGAGCAGCUGUUCUCAAAAGUCCAUAUCAAUACCACCACAUAUAAAAUUAAUAUUAUUUUCCCUCCAAAAAUGCAUGAUAUGUGGCGAAGAAUUAUUUACAGUGGUUGUCUUUCAUGUAAAUCAGACAGUGUGUCUAUCUGGUGGUUAGUUGUGUCCUGAAAACGAGCUGUUUUGGGUUUUAGUCUUAAAUGUUAAGAAAAACCUAAUCCUAACUCAUAGAAAAGAUAUGAGUACAAAUAUGUUAAUGAGGCUGCGGCUAAUAUUACAAUUGCCUUGAGCAUUUGACUGCUGACUUAAUCACAGCCUGUACUUCAUGCACAAAUGUAAUUCUGUUUUUAUUUGUCUAGAAAUGAGAUGAAAAUAUUCAUUACAAUAUACCGUAGAUGUAUAACCAAAAAGCUACUUGUUCAAAACUUCAUAAAUUUGAUAAGCUAGCAAGCUUUACAUAAAUCAUGUGAUUAGUGCAGAAACCAUGAUAGCAACCUAAAACUGCUUGAUGAACGGGAUAGCAAUCAGUGUUUGAUUAUUAGCCAAUCAGAAUUUGUCUUUGGCUUUACUGCAGAGUGAAGCUCAUUGGCAGCAGUGUGCAAGGCAUUGGGAAAUAAUCAAACUGCAAAAAGAAAUAUUUUAGUGUUUUCAUUUUUCUCAUGUAAUGUCAUCUAAAAAAAAGGAAAGGUCUUUUUAUGACCCAUUCCAAGACCCAUUCUCGGAUUCUCCAUUUUGGAGAACUAUUGAUUUUGUAUCAACCUGAUGAUAAUACAGUAACUGUAUAAUGUGAUGAAUUUAGACCCUAAAUGGCAAGUCUCCAAAUCAAGGAGAAUUGAUUACAGUGGAUAAGGAUUGUAAUACAGGCACUGUCAAGUGACAACAUUUAGGUUACAACUGCAAUAUUUUGGAGAAAACAGAAAAAGUUUUGGGGAAUUGCUAAAACACCUAUUGGACAAAAAGUGGGCCUUAUUGUCAUAGCGAAUUCAGUUUUUGGCUGUUCUUGUGCAUCUUAAGUAGUACAACUUUUUGUGUUGGAAUAAUAUUACGUUUUGUAUGUCGAUUUGGGGUCGCAUUAUUGAAACAGAUGUGAUCAAAAUGUUGGUUUUGAGAUGUGAUUGUCAUGGUGUUUGUUUGACAUGAACAAUACACCAUUUAACCUAUAUCACAUUGUAGAGCUAUGAGGACUUCCUUUUUUGCAAAGCCUCAAAAAAGGGUGAUAUAGCUGCAUCUGGUUUGGUGUAAAAAGUCAUUGUUCAGUAGUCUAUUAUAAUAGCUUACUACUACAAAAUCAUUUUAUUCUUGUAUUGUGCUCUUAACAUCUAAUAUAGUCAGAAUUUACCUUUUUCUGACCCUCCUGUACAGGUGUUGCAUGUACAUAAAAGGUCAGCCUGAUUAGGUAUACCUGAAAGGUGAAAUGUGUGCCUCUGAGUAAUUUAUGUCAUCAAGCUAUUGUAUACAUUAGAUGACAAAUGGUUUUGUGUAAUGUUAACUGAACUGUCAUGCUAAGUCGUUCAUGGUGUUUCAUUCCCAUGGAGGGUUUUUUUUUUUUCGUUUUUUGUAAAACUGCUGUAUAUAUGUACAUUGGAAAGCGGUAUAUAUUUGUCAGAUGAUGAUUAGUUAAGGCUGCAUUUGUGUGAACAUUUCAGGUUUUGAAAUGACAAAUUAUACUUGAUGUGAUACAAAACCUAUUCAGUGCUGAGUGUAUUCGGUCCAGCAGUCAGACUUAAUAAAAACAUACC